AAGGAGACCGUAGAAAUCAAACAUGCGGUGUGCGGUUUGCCUGUUGUUUCUAGUUUCUGUUGUUGUGACCUCUAAAUCUUUCUACCCAGAAGUCACCAUAACAGGGGAGUCUGGGUUAAGAUUAGGACUCGUUGAUGACGAUAUAUGGGAGUACGUAGACAUUGACGCUGAUGCCCAAACAGGUGACCUAGUAGAAUACAAGACUUCGGUUCUCUACAACAGCGAAUGGAUUGACUCAGAGUGGACCAAAGUUUCUCUGGUACCACGGGGACUUAUGGUACCCCGAAAAGGAAGAAGAUCAUACACAGUGUUCAGGGACGAUUUCAACUCUUUUGAUAAAAGUCAUUACACUAUUGAUGUCACUGCGUGGGGAGGGGGUAAUGGAGAGUUCCAAGUUUAUACACCAGAACACAAUAACUUAUACGCUUCAAAUGGAUAUUUAUACAUGAAACCAACACUUACAGUAGACCAUCCUUCUUUUGAUAACGGUAAACUCUACAAUGGCCGUAUGGACCUAAAUAGCAUGUAUCAUACCUGUACUAAUGGAGCAAAUUCCGGCUGUUCUAAGUCAGCUUAUGGACACGAGAUUCUCCCUCCUGUAAUGUCAGGCAAAAUUACCUCUCAUGCUUGCCUUACAUAUGGGCGUGUCAAUGUACGUGCUCGUAUUCCAAAAGGAGAUUGGCUUUGGCCAGCAAUUUGGUUACUGUCCUGUCAUAAGCAUUAUGGAAGUUGGCCAAGAUCUGGUGAAAUUGACAUCAUGGAAUCAAGGGGAAACCUAAGAGCAGAGGAACAUGGCUCUAACCAUGGUGUUAGUUAUGUAGCAUCCACUCUGCACUGGGGCCCUGAUGCAGCACAUAAUGCUUAUUACCUAACCCAUAAAGGAAAACAUGCUCCUAGUGGAGAUUGGCACGGAUGGCAUACCUACUCACUGGAAUGGACAGACCACCAUAUUAUAACAUAUGUUGAUAAUCAGGAAAUCAUGCAUAUUACCACUCCUAGCCAAGGUUUCUGGAAUUGGGCACAUUUCCAUGGCAAUAACAUCUGGGGUAGUCAUCAUAAUGCCCCGUUUGAUCAUUCUUUCCAUCUUAUUUUAAAUGUUGCUGUUGGCGGAGGAUUCUUCAGUGAUAGUGCCCAUUAUAACACACCCAAACCCUGGCACAGAAGCUCGCCACAUCCCAAGAAGGACUUCUGGGAAAAAAGGGGAGACUGGUUACCCACAUGGCACGGAGACGACGUGGCUAUGUUGAUUGAUUAUGUAGAAAUGAUUCAGUAUUAAAAUA